AUGUCUCAAAACAUACUCAUCACCGGUGCAGCGGGUUACAUAGGAGGUUCCAUCGUCGCAGAUCUUUUAUCCAAGCACCCUGAGGUCACUAAAGACCAAAUCGUUGCCGCCGUCAGAACAGAUGAGCAGGACAAAGCUCUUUCAACUCUGGGCAUCAAUGUCCUCAAACUCGAUUUAUCAGAUGAACAAGCCAUUAUUGACGAAAUAUCGUCUCACAAAAUUAGUGUCAUUGUUCACGCGGGUAACAGCAUAAAUCCCGGGCUAGCUUUACCUUUGAUAAAUGCUCUGGCAAAACAAAGGGAGGUAGCUGGGAAGCCAACGUACUUCAUCCAUACCUCAGGGUUGAGUGCCUUCUACGCAAACUCUGGCUGGCCACGCAGUGUCAAUGAAGACACAGAUGCAGUGUUUGAGACGGAGAAGGAGUUUGCAGACUCGUAUCCAGUCCGAAAGACGGAUGUAAUGGUCAUAGAACAUGCACAAGCCCAAGGCGUCACACCAUUUGUUGUUGUACCUUCUAUCGUCUAUGGAAGAGGAACUGGCGCGUGGAAUCAACUCUCCGUCAUGAUACCAGGCCUGACACGAGCGAGCCUCAAACUCGGAAAAGUGUACAAAUUCGGCGAGAAUAUUUCGUUACAAGCUGUUCAUAUUAGUGAUCUUACGUCUCUAUACUGCCGAAUUAUACAUGCUGUUCUGAACCACGAAGAAAUACCAAGUGGAAAAGAAGGAUAUUAUUUUGCAGUUGCUCACGCCAUGGAUAUGUGGGAAUUCCAAGACUAUCUCGCCGCAGCCAUGAAGGCUCGAGGCCCUGUGUCAAGCGAUAAGCCCGAGGUGUAUCCUAGUGAUGAGUUUGCUGCAGAAGCGAUCGAUUUGCCGGUUGAGUUUCUGGAAACCCUUUACAAGUCCGGGGGUCAUUUCACGGCGACGCGUCCUCAGAGUAUUGGUUGGAAACCAGAGUGGGAUAAAGAGCGGUUUUUGAAGAAUGUAGAUGCUGGGAUUGAGGAUGUUCUUGAGUUGAGGAGGGCAAAGAGUAGUCUGAUUGACUCUCUGUUUGCUUCUGUUGGAAGGGCACGUUGA